AAUUUUUAAAUAUAUAAUGGCAAAGUGGUACUACUAGGGUUUCGUUUGUUAUCCGAACAUCUCUCUGACUCUCUCACUCGCUCGAGCGCUCCCCUCUCCCAGAAGCUUGUCAAGAUGAAUAGGGAGAAGCUAAUGAAAAUGGCUGGUGCAGUACGCACUGGUGGAAAAGGUAGCAUGAGGAGAAAGAAGAAGGCUGUCCAUAAGACAACCACCACUGAUGAUAAAAGACUCCAAAGCACUCUAAAGAGAAUAGGUGUUAAUGCAAUUCCCGCAAUUGAGGAAGUCAAUAUCUUUAAGGAUGACGUAGUUAUCCAGUUUAUAAAUCCUAAAGUUCAAGCUUCCAUUGCUGCCAACACAUGGGUUGUCAGUGGUUCUCCUCAAACCAAGAAAUUACAAGAUAUUCUUCCGGGAAUUAUAAAUCAAUUGGGGCCGGAUAAUCUGGACAACUUGAGAAAGCUUGCUGAACAGUUCCAGAAGCAGGCACCAGGCGCAGAAGCUGGAGCAGCUGCCGCUCAAGAGGACGAUGAUGAGGAUGAAGUCCCAGAACUUGUUCCUGGUGAGACUUUUGAAGCUGUAGCAGAGGAGACUCCAACUUCAUAGAGUUUUAAACGAGUGAUGUUAUUUCUUAUUUCUAAAGGUCUCGUCUGUUUUAUUUCUUCUCUAAGCCAGUAUUUUACUUGGUCUCUUGUGACAUACUAGAAAAUUGGUACUAUGUUUUGAUCAAUGAAGUAAAUUAGCUUCUUAAAAUGCACGAUAAUUGCUAUAUGCUGUUUCUUCACUGUGAAUGAUUUCCUCUUAUAUAUUUCUUAUUCUUACUA